ACUCUAGAGUAAAACAUUUAAAUAAGCUCAGUUCCGCUAACUGAGCCACACUAUACCACGAGCUGUCAACGGGUCAACACGAUCCACAAAACAACAAAAGGAUUAACUACGAUUAUUGGUGGAGUAAAAUAAAAAGUGUCAAAGUGAUUGUGAAUAUAAUAUAGUGUUUCGUUUAUACACAAAUAAAAUGAAUCUUUUGCCGCGGCUUGCUGUGGUUUUGCUGCUGCAUUUGGUGGCAAAGAUCGACGCACGAUCACUACACAUCCAAGGCAAUGGCGGCUAUCCUCAUGGCCCACCACCACCACCGCCUCCUCAUCAUCUAAUGCCGAAUGGCUAUUAUGGUCAACCGUAUGCCUAUCAACCGCCCUAUGGCUAUGGCUAUCAGGCUCCACCGCCUGUAUUCAGUCCACCGGGCAGCUAUUAUGAUAACAUCUAUGGUGUCUAUAAGCCAUUUCCAGGCGGCGGUGUACCAGUUCGUGUGGAUUAUAAUAAUCGGUGUUCUAGAAAUUAUGUGGGCAUUAAACCGCAUCCCGAUCAGCAGCAAUAUUAUUAUGUCUGUCAGCCCAAUUGUGUGAUUUUUAGCAAAUGUCCUAAUUUAGAGAGUUUCAAUUCAAGCCGUGGUCGUUGUGUGGAUCGUGUACGUUCGGAUAAUCCACCACGUUGUCAGCAGGAGGGUCGUUUCCGACAUCCUUAUGAUUGCAAGGUAUAUUACAGAUGCGACAAGAAUCAAUCGACACCUUGGCUAUUUGGCUGUCCAUCGGGCACGAUAUUCUCAUCGUUUGAAAAGAAAUGCAUACCCGGUGAUGAAUGCCCAUCGACACAAAUCUCGAAUAGUGGCAGUUAUAUACCCGAAAAUUGUGAAGCCAAAUUUCCCGAAUGCCGAGAGGAGGGCACCUUUAGAUCGCCAUCAGAUUGUGCCCUAUACUAUACCUGCAAGAUGCAAGAAAAUGGCAACUAUUUGCAGACACGAUUCAAGUGUCCCGGUAGUAACAGCUAUGAUACACAAAGAAAACUUUGUCGACCAGAAAAUGAAGUUCGUUGCCAAGAUUAUGUUAGAAUUGCCGAACUGGCCUAUGCUCCAGUUAAUCCAUAUUAUUCAUAUUUAUCACAAUCGAGAACAGAGCCGCAAUUGAUACCAUUCGAAGAUGAUGACGAAACUUUAACAGAGAUCAAGACUGAGACAAAGGAGACUAAUAAGCAAUCUGUCGAUGUGCCGAAGGAGCCAUCGGUUAAUAUUGUUAUACUACCAACAAGUCCCUCCACCACAUCGAAGACCACGACAACCACAACAAAAGCUCCCACAACAACCCGCGAAUAUCCUACAUACCCCUCCUACCCAUCCUAUACCUAUGGUUAUAAUUAUGGCCAUCACUAUGGAUAUAGUGCAGAGAGUCUUGUCAAGAGUGAAUCUUCUUCUAGCACCGAGAAAAGUCCAACAACUCGAAGACAAGCAUUUAGGCCCGGUGUAAAUAUUGUAGUCUUGCCUUCUAGCUCAGCGCCCAUAACACAGGAAACUACAAAAGUUACGACUAAAGCCACUUCGAAAUAUCCGUACAAGAAAUAUACUUAUGCGUCAACUAAAACAGAAAGCACUAAAACUCCCGAUACAUCCACGGAUUCGCCGGAUACUACGAAGCGGUUUGAGUUUGACGAAAAUAUUGUUAUACUGCCUACAGUGACAACGACAGUUCGUAGCACCUCUACGAGUACGACGAGCUCAACUGUUCCCACAACUGUGGUGCAUUGCUCUACAGCCACGCCUGAGGUAACAACCACAACGAAAAAGAUAUCGACGUCAACAUUCCCAAAUCCAACAAGCGAGACCACAGAAAUAACAACGAAACCAACAACUACAACAAAGUCAACUCCAAAGCCAACAACAACUACUGAAAAGACGACAACAAGUACUGAAAAGACAACUCCAAAACCAAGAACAACCACUGAAAGAACAACUCCAAAGCCAACAACCACCACUGAAGAGACAACUCCAAAGCCAAGAACAACCACUGAAAAGACAACUCCAAAACCAACAACAACUACUAAAAAGACAACACCAAAGCCAACAACAACUACUGCGAAAACAACGCAAACGACAACUACAACAACAACGACUCCAAAACCAACAACAACUACUGAAAACACAACUCCAAAGCCAACCACAACCACCGAGAACGCAACGCAAACUUCAACUACAACCACAACUACUCCAAAACCAACAACAACCACUGAAAACACAACUCCAAAGCCAACCACAACCACUAAGAAAACAACGCAAACUUCAACUACAACUACAACGACGCCAAAACCAACAACAACCACUGAAAAGACCACGCAAACUUCAACUACAACCACAACGACGCCAAAACCAACAACAACCACUGAAAAGACAACGCAAACAACAACUACAACCACUGAAAAGACAACUUUAAAACCAACAACAACUACCGAAAAGACAACUCCAAAGCCAACAACAACCACUGAAAAGACAACUCCAAAACCAACCACAACCACUGAGAAGGCAACCCCAAAGCCAACAACAACCACUAAAAGUACAACUCUAAAACCAACCACAACCACUGAGAAGGCAACUCCAAAACCAACAACAACCACUGAAAAGACAACUUUAAAACCAACAACAACUACCGAAAAGACAACUCCAAACCCAACAACAACCACUGAAAAGACAACUCCAAAACCAACCACAACCACUGAGAAGGCAACUCCAAUGCCAACAACAACCACUAAAAGUACAACUCCAAAACCAACCACAACCACUGAGAAGGCAACUCCAAAACCAACAACAACCACUGAAAAGACAACUUUAAAACCAACAACAACUACCGAAAAGACAACUCCAAAGCCAACAACAACCACUGAAAAGACAACUCCAAAACCAACUACAACCACUGAAAAGACAACUCCAAAACCAACCACAACCACUAUAAGUACAAGUCCAAAGCCAACAACAACUACAGAAAAGACAACUCCAAAACCAACAACAACCACUGAAAAGACAACGCAAACAUCAACAACAGAAACUACGACUCCAAAACCAACAACAACCACUACAGUAGUUACAACAACUAAAACCGAACCAACACCAACCAGCACAAGUCUUCAACCGAGCCAAACGACACCUUCCAAUUGCCACUCAGAAGGAACCACCACAGUUGCAACCACACCAGCGCCCUGCGGCCACAACAUCAACAGCACCACCACCACCACCACCGACGACUAUAUCACCGAGAAGGUCCCCGAGCUCAUACUCAAGGUAUAUGAGCCUGUCGAUUUGAAGAUCGUAUUCUGUCCCCGAACGUGUGAUGAGGACCACGAUCAUAAAUUUGACCCAGCUGAUAGUCAUAAGAAGUCCAGUUGUACGGGACACGAUUGCAUUGAUAAUGAACCGCCAGCGCAUCAUAGCGUAGACCUAAAAUGGAAACCUCUUACCCUAAAGGAUACUGUGGGAUUCCAGACCAUCACGUGAAAGAUCGACACAUGAUGACUAUGCCAUAUCAUUUACUUAGUAAACUGACUCAUAUACUAUACAUUUAUAAUACUUACUUACCUAUAUAUCUAAUUCUAAAUAAAAAUUUUAAUAAAUCUAUGUAUCUUACUGUA